UCUCUCUGUCAUUCGGUCUCAUGAAGUCACUGCCGAGCAGCCACUCAGUGCCGGGCUGAAGCUGAAGGAGAGCGGUGGGCUCCACAGUUGAGGAUCACAGGAUCUCUGGAGCGGCAGAGACUCCCCUCAGCACGACCGCUCAGGUUGACAACUGCAGCAGUCCCGCUUCAACAGCCUGCUCCAAUCAGUCCGCAUGGAGACACCACCAACCCCGACAACAUGCACCUCUGAAAGCUUCCUCACGCCGUCUUUUGUUUUACCCUGAGGAGGUGGAAAAAAAACUCUGCAAAAUCACUUUCCCUGUUACGCUGAGGUGAGCCCGAGCGUCAAAGGAUUUUUUUCCCCCUCUUCUUUUUUCGACCAGUCUGCCUCUUUUUUUCUUCCGCCUCUCGCAGUUCACUGCUCGAUUUUUUUUUUUUGACUUUUUUUCUCCUUGGGAAGAAGGCUCUGCUGUUUCCCCGAGUCUACCUGCUCGUCCAGCACCCAUGAAUUCAGAUAAAAAUGUGUACCUCGGCAGAGACAAAGGCAUCAUGCGGAAGAGAGCCUUGCUCCUUCGGAAAGGUUGCAGCUUCGAGAUUACCAGCUCUGCCUCGGAGGACCUGGGCUGCAGGCGUGGAGACUUCAGCAGGAAACACUAUGGUUCAGUCGAGCUGCUGAUUUCCAGUGACGCAGAUGGGGCCAUUCAGAGGGCAGGACGCUUCAGGGUGGAGAAUGGUUCAUCAGAUGAGACUUUGGACUACACCCCGGGAACCUGGAGGAGAACCGAUGUCCAUCUGGAGAAUCCAGAGUACCACACCAGAUGGUUCUUUAAAUACUUCCUGGGAAAAGUCCACCAGAACUAUGUGGGAACAGAUGCAGAGAAGAAUCCCUUCUACCUGUCAGUCGUCCUCUCAGACCAGAACAACCAGCGGGUUCCUCAGUACAGAGCCAUCCUCUGGAGAAAGACGGGCACUCUGAAGAUCAGCCUCCCCUACAGCCCGACCAAAACACUAUCAGUCAAGUCCAUCCUCAGUGCAAUGAACAUGGACAGGUUUGAGAAAGGCCCCAGGGAGAUCCUCAACCCGGAGAUUCAGAAGGAUCUGCUGGUGUUGGAGGAACAAGAGGGUUCUGUCAACUUUAAAUUUGGUGUCCUGUAUGCCAAAGACGGACAGCUCACAGAUGACGAGAUGUUUAGCAAUGAGACGGGGAGCGAGAACUUUGAUAAGUUUCUCAAUCUGCUGGGUGAUGCCAUUACGCUGCAGGGAUGGGCAGGUUACCGUGGAGGGCUAGACACCAAGAACGACACUACAGGAAUUAAGUCCAUCUACACAGUGUAUCAGGGCCAUGAGCUCAUGUUCCAUGUGUCCACCAUGUUACCCUACUCUAAAGAGAACAAACAGCAGGUGGAAAGAAAGAGGCACAUUGGAAAUGACAUUGUUACCAUAGUAUUCCAGGAAGGGGAUGACGCAUCGUCGUCCUUCAAACCGUCUAUGAUCCGAUCGCACUUCACCCAUAUUUUUGCAUUAGUUAGGUAUAAUAGCCAGAAUGACAGUUACAGGUUAAAGAUUUUCUCAGAGGAGAGUGUUCCACUGUUUGGACCCCCUCUCCCAUCUCCACCUGUAUUUACUGAUCACCAAGAAUUCAGGGACUUUUUAUUAGUCAAAUUAAUCAAUGGAGAGAAAGCCACACUGGAGACGCCAACGUUUGCCCAGAAGCGUCAGCGGACCCUCGACAUGUUGAUCCGCUCGCUCUACCAAGACCUCAUGCCUGACCUGCACAAGGUUCCUUUUUCUCCCCAGAACAUGUUAAAUCGGAGGUCAUUCAGCGACGUGCUGCCUGAGUCUCCAAAAUCAGCACGCAAGAAGGAGGAGGCACGGCAGGCCGAAUUUGUCAGAAUAGGGCAGGCUCUGAAGCUGAAGACCAUCGUGAGAGGAGAUGCCCCGACUAGCCUUGUUACCACAGGCCUGUGCAGAAAAGAGCCAUGGGAGUCCCAGUCGUUCUGCAGCACGUUCCCCUAUGAGAUUGUGUGUGCUGACUCCUGGGGUCAGUCUCUGCUGGUUGCGACCGACGCAGCGGGGGUCAUGCUGCUGGAUGGCCCCGAUCCAGCUUCAUCCAAUGCUGAGAUGCAGGCUCUGCCUCCUGUGCAGGUGUUUGACAAAACCAUGGUGGUGAAGCAGAUGCACGUUCUCGAGCCUCAGGACCUGCUUAUCACUAGGGCUGACAAAGGGAAGGACGCUCGGCUCUAUGUGUUCAGACUCAGCACGCUCAAGAGAGGCCUGGAGGAGAGGCAGCUUGUCAGGAGCAAGUGUGACAGCCGGGAGAAUAAACUGGAGAAAACUAAAGGCUGUCAUUUGUACUCUAUCAACACCCACCAUGGCUCCGAGCUGAGGAUAGUAGCAGCCAUCAGGAACAAACUCCUCCUCAUCACCAGGAAACAUCCACGUUUCGAAGGCUUCAGCGCCAUCGGCACAGGAGCAGACUCACCGGUGGAAGAGUUUCAAUACAUACGGGAGAUCUGUCUGUGCGACCCGCCGGUGGUAAUGGCGCUGGUGGACGGGCCAACCGGGGAAAAUGACAAUAUGAUCUGUGUGGCUUACAAACAUCAGUUUGACCUGAUCAAUGAGAGCACUGGAGAUGCCUACCGGCUACAUCAUGUAGACGCCAACAGGGUAAAUUUUGUAGCAGCCAUUGAUGUGUAUGAAGACGGAGAGGCAGGUCUGCUGUUGUGUUACAACUAUAUUUGUUACUAUAAGAAAGUUUGUCCGUUUAACGGCUCCACACCAAUGAUCCAGUCCAACACCUCCGACUUCCACUUCAGCUGGAACCAGAUGCCCAAUGCUAUUGUUUGUGCAUUUCCUUAUAUCUUGGCCUUCACAACGGACUCCAUCGAGAUCCGACUGGUGGUCAAUGGCAACCUUGUGUACACAGCUGUGGUCCCAGAGCUACAGUUGUCUGCCUCACGGUCGGACAUCUAUUUUGUUUCGUCAGCUCCCGUGAGCUCAGCCUCUAACUGCAGUUCAAGAGACACCAGUUCCCAGAGUUCCCCACAGACGCCCACCGGCUACGAGAUGCCUGUGUUCCCUUCGCCACUUGGUGAUGAUUCUAUACGGAUCCCCUAUGGUACCAAGCUUUCCCUGUACAUGUCUAAGGAUGCCGAAGGUGAAGCAGCAUGUAAGCACAUCUUCAAGAUCCCUCUGUGUAACUUGGUGGGCCGCAGCAUCGAAAGACCGCUCAAGUCCCCUCUGGUUAACAAGGUGCUGACGGCGCCGGCGCCAGCCAUGGUGCCCCCGACUCCCCUCAUCUCUGCAACACACUCACUCUCCCUGUCCCGCAUGGAGAUCAAAGAAAUAGCCAGCCGCACACGGAAGGAGCUGCUCGGCUUGACAGAGGAACCAAGUGGGAAGUCAGACAGUGGAACAGUCAAACAGAGGAAGAUGAGCAAGAAGAACACUGAGGAGGAGCCCAAAGCACGAGCACUGACGUCAACAAACAGUGACAGGUUAGUCUCCGAGUCCAUUGAAGCAGACCUGGACGUCCAGCUGCAUUGUUCGUCCAGUUCGGACGCCGAGCCAGAGAAGGCAGUGCUGCGAGCAGAGAGCCCGCCUCUCGCCAGUGCGUUCGCCCUCCCAACAUCCUUUGAAGAAGAUGUCCUGGACCUAAAGUGAAGACAAUCCCAUCGUGCACUUCUCUGCCCACCCACUCCUGUACUGUCACCAUUAUUUUAUUGUUUCGGUUGGUUUGUUUUUAAGUUGUUGUUUGUUGGAUCCUUUGUUGUUGUUUUUUUUUCUUGUUGUUUUUUUCGUUCACAUCUCCCAUAUCCUGGGUCUCCCCAUUCAUCGGAUAAGAUGGGUGCAGUGGGAGUUGAAAGCCGUGUCUGUGUGUGCGUGUUUGUUUUUGUGAGCAGUCCCUCAGCCACUGUGUGUUGGGUGUUUGUGUUGCCCCGCAGCAAAUAACCCAAAGAGGCGAUGAGGUUGCGUGAGAUGCCGUGGUUUAUUCAGAGUUCUGCAGCAGCUUCGAGAUAAUGUUAACGGUUUGAUCCCAAACCACAAACUGAAUGUAAGUCUACACACCGAGGCACGACAAAAAUCUCUGCGCUCACAAUGCCCUCGGAAGUUGCUAGAGCUUAAUAUGUGUUGUAUAUUAUGUGAUUAUUUCCAAUCCACUUUCAAAUGUUGUAUGAUAUGCAUAUGUAUGUGUACAUCUGUUUAUACAUGAAAAUGCAUACACAGUGACAGGUGUGUUUGCUUGUCAUGCCUGUGAUGCAUAUUUAUAGAUAUAUUAUAAAAACCCAUUUUAUUCCCAUAUUUAGUAAAAGUAUGAUGUUUUAUGCUCUCUGCACAUAUUAGUCCUUAUUCUUCUCCUUAUUCACAGCACACAGGUAGACAGGGCUGGAGGCAAAGUCUCCCACAAGUGCCAUUUCCCAGCAUCCUCCACUGAAACUACACCUCGAACAGCCACCGUAUUCUGGUGUCUGACAGUAGCAAACAUGAUUGUAGUCCACAUUAGAUUACUGCAGUGACCCACAACUCUUCUCAUUUAGGAUAAAUUCAUGAACCGGAGGCACAUUUGCAAAGCCACACGCACUAAACAUUUUACCCCGUAAGAGUGAGCCGACCUUAAAUCUGCAUGAGUCGCCUUUGCUACAAGUGUUGUGUCUUCUGCGCUCCCCCCCCAAGAAAAGCUUCUUUGGAAACCAUGAGACCUGUGCCUGUCAUACCAAACAUGACAGCAUAAAGCAAACCACAAUCUGAGAUGACAGGAUAUUAAACGGAAAAGGCCUUUUUCUGAAAUUAUUUUUUAUUAGACUGUUGUGUGUGAUGAGGUAUGAAGGAACAACAAGGAAUUUAUUAGUUAAAAUACAGUACCUUGUCAUGAAUCCAAAUGGUAAAAGUCAAAAUUGAAUUAAGCUAGCACUAUCGUGACAACUUACUACACUAAAAUAAAAUUCUUUCAUUAUUUUUAGAUUUUGCCUCUUUCUGUAUGUUAAAAGUGCAAACAAAAACAAAAAACGAGAAACUAAAGUGUUAGAAAAUUAAAGUAGAAUAUUAAAAAUAACUAACUAGAACUAAAAUCUGUCUCGAUAAGGACAACUUAUAGUCUACACAAGGAAGAUUUUAUUCUUGCUGCAGUCCCUGACACCAAAGCUUUCAUAACAAUUAAAUACAUUUGAAUCCAUUCAUGUUUCAAACUAAAACAGUGCUAACUUAAAGUUGGAAGAGUCAGAGGAGGCAGUCUAAUGGAGAGGAGCAACACAGGCUGUGACAUUCAGAUAUUUAGUAUUUGAUGGAUCCUACAUUCCCCGUAAUGCAGCUCGAGCAUCUUUCACUAAAGUCCUUAGACCUGCCCUCUCAAUGCCCACUUCUUUGACAAUUCUUUGUUCCCAGUUUGUAAUGCAAGCUUCCUGUUAUUAAAUUUUAUGCUGCCUUCAUGUCAUAUCAGAGUUAUUGUAAUUAUGAGUUUCUGACUAGUAACACCAUUCAUGUCAACAUCCAAGUCAUAAUUACACUGAGAAACAUAGAUUUUUCUAAAUGUGCCAGUAUUGGCAUUUAUUAAUACAUGGGAUCCUGGAAACAAAACAAUGAGGACGCCUCAGCCAAAGACCAUUGUUCAGUGUGGUUAAACACAAAUUUAAUGGAUAUAGUGUAAUAUUGUCAGUGCACUGUAAUUCAAUCAUCACAAAACCAACUCUAUACUCAAGCAGCCUCCUUGGCGAAAUGCUCACAAGUCAUUAACAGUGGAAUCUUUCCUGUCUCUUCUGUUUAUCCCGAAUGACAUGAAUGCAACAUAAUGCUGCAUUCACACAAUGUCAGCAGAUUGGGAAGAAUAGGAACACCCCAUGUUCUGACUUGGCAGUGUGUACACAUAAUUCAUUGGUUUGUCACGAAGUGAAACCUAACAGUGUAUAGAUCUAAUAAAACUACUGUGUAUUUUAUGGAUGAUUUGAUGGAACUGCCAGUGAUGGUGCCAUUCUGACAACAGGUUGUUGACAUGUUUGUCAUUCUUUCUGCCAAGUGUGAGAUAUCAUCAGUGUCAGAAAUUUCCGUUCGAAAUGACGUGAGCAUUUUUUCCCCACUCAGCUGCUCCUAAUUGCAGUUUUAAUGGUGUCAUGUGACAUGAAUGGGGCGUAAGUCUCAAGCCCAAACUGAGGUAACCUUGAUGACUUUAUUAAAGUUAUGUACUUUGACUUUAGAAAGCUCCCUCUAAAAUCACAGAAAACAUUAUACAACUUUUUUAGUAUUCUUCAUGGCCAUUUAACUGAACUUCAUGUGUAAAAUCAGUUGGACUGUCCCUUAAAGGGUAAAAUAAAUGAUAAAAAUAUACACCAAUAGACGGCAAAAGAUAUAUUAGUCUAUGUUCUUUCGAGGCUUUCCUUCUCUUGGGUCUCUGUAUGGGCAAUCAGCGCUGCAGAAAGCCAGACCAGGUGUAAACAAUUACCUGCAAUUACCUCCCUGGCAGGAUAAAACACCUGCAGUGGCCUGGGUCCUGAUGAAGCAGCAGCAGCAGCUCAGAGGCAUGAAUCCUGAAAAGUUUGGUCUCAGACAUAGACGCUAAACAGUUGACCUUUUCAAAUCAGUGAUAUAAACACACUUUUUCUUCACUGGGAAGUUUAGAUGAGUCACAUGAAUGCUGAAGAUAACAUGAGACGGGGAAAAUGUUUGGAGCGAUGAACACAAGACAGUCAUUAACAACCAAAGCAGAAAAAAAAGCAAACUGGGAGUAGUGGUUCUUGACUAUGCUAAUGUUGGUACAAGAGCGCCUCCAUGUGGUGGUUCCACAACACAACAGCCAUCCAAUCUUGCAUGAGCCUCCUCUUCGUCCUUUUCCCCCUCAUGCCUUUCCUCUGUUCUCCUCUUGCUUGUCUCAGUAUAAACCCCUCCAACACUAUAACACAACUCAGAAAACUAAAAAGGGAAGAACGGGGUGGGGGAGAUUUUUACAAAGAUACUCUACUACAGUGUUUAUUGCUCUGAAUGAGUGUGGGUGACUGGGGGAGCGCUGCUUCUCCCACUUAACGUUGUUCCUAUUUCUCUUGUAUUUCUGUCAAGUACUCUUUGUUUCUACCUCCCCUUGGCAUUUUCACUGUUUUUGUUUGUUAGUUUUUUGUUUUGUUUUGUUUUUCUUUUAUAUUUGAAUCUAUAUUUACUGUUUAGACUGUUGCUGAACCUCUCUGUGAUAUCAAAAUGAAAGAAAAUUAACAAAAAAAACACCAAGUGUCUUAAAAUAUUGUAUUGCCAUCGUUUUUAAUGCCAAGUACUACUUGUAAAUGUUUGUGUAUCAAAUGUGGCCUCAAAUGAAACUGAACUAUAUUAUUAUUAUGAUUAUUAUUAUUAUUAUUAUUUGAGCAGUUAUUUUAAACAAGUGCUGUAGACCACUGCUGUGAAAGUAGUUGAUUCUGUUCAUUGAUAUGUAAUAAAUAUUUAUGAAAUUUGAA